UUAUUUUUUUGUGAUUCUAAAAAAUCAUUUCAAAUUCCAAAAAUGCUAAAAUUAUUCCGAUAUACACCUGUGCUAUGCAGCAGAUCCAGUCUCAUGAAUAAUUUUCGAAUUCCAGGCUUUUUCAGUGCCCGAAAUUUGUCAGUCAAUAUUGAUUAUGAUGACAAGGGUUCCAGAUUGAAUUUAAGUGAACUGACUGAGUUGAUAUCAGAAAAGAAACAUGUACCUGCCAAAUUAAUAACUAAUAUACUUGGUAGAAUCAAUUUUGAAAAGCUAACUGUUGAAGAAAGCAGUUUUUUGCUGCAAUGUUGUGGAGAAUUCACUGCAGAUACAACUAAAAAAGAAAGAGAUAAAAUUUCUAAAAUGAUUUUUAAAGGUCUCCAAAAAUGUGAUAAAUUAAAUACAGACAUAUACCAGACUUAUAUAAAUGUUUGCACAGACAACAGGGUCCCUAUAAAUACUAAAGAAUUACUGAAUGAUGUAAAAUGUAAGCCUGAUCAGCAAUUAUACAAAUGCUUGUUGGAGAAUUUAUGCCAGAACGGAAAUAUAGAAGAGGCUUAUAACUUGCUAGAACUAAUGAAAAAUGAAGGUUUCUUUGCUGAUGAAGAUAUUUUCAAUAGUCUGGCACUUGCUCAUGCAGCAAAACUUGGUCUGGAAAGUGCAGAGACCAUUUUGCUCACCAUGAAAACAGCCCAUGUUCAAAUAACCAAUAACACCAAAGCAUCUGUUUUGCAAGGGAUCCUCAGAAGAGGUAACAAGGAGGAUUUGGAUAAAUUCUUGGAAAAGUAUGCUUUCCAGCUCAAUGAAAACCAACUCUUGACUGUUUUAAAAGAGUUGGGGCUGAGUCAAAAUAUCUCCUGGCUACCUGAGAUCAGAAUAUUAUAUGAUACAUUAACUUUGUCAAGGGAGUUCCCAAAUCAACUUAGAAAUGUAUGCUUACAUUUGGUUCAUAUGGAUAGAUCACUGAAUGCCAUGACAAUUUUGGAAAAUUUCAUGUUAGGCACUGAAAACUUUGGAUUUUUCAUUCUUGAAGAAAUGCUCCAUUGUAAUCAGAAAAUUGAUGAAAUUAUUUUUCUUGCACAACAUAUACCUUCUAGUGAAAGCAAUGGAUAUAUAAUUGAGAAUCUAACAGGAAUAGCUCUGAAACAUCAGUAUACAGAUGCUGCUUGGAAAUUAUUUGAAAAUUUAAGUGAAUUGAGACCACAUUAUUUUUGGCCUUUACUUCUAACUUAUCAGCAACAAAAUGGAGAGCUUGGGGUGAUACAAGUGGUCAAGAAGAUGCUAGAUAAGAAAAUCAGACCAAAUCAUGAAACCUUGGAAUAUUAUGUUUUACCAUUUUGUAAUCUAAAUGAUCCACAUUUGCUAGUAGACAAAAUCCACAAAUUGGGACUUACUUUCAAAGAAUUGUUGUGUCCUGCCUUGAUAGUAUUGUUGCAAAAAGGAGAAACUAAACUUGCUGCUGCAUUGUGUGAUUCAUAUAAGGUAUCUAUUAGUGGAGGAAAACUGCUCAAUUUGAUUUCAUCAUCUUGGCAUUCAUCUGGAGAUGCAGAAUCCAUUGCUAUUAUAUUGCAAAGAUACUGUGAAUCAUCUAGAGUAGAAAAAGAUCUAGUAGGAGAUUUCCUCAUAAUGUCAUUGGAACACUGUGCAAAUACCAAAGAUUUUGCAAAUUUCAAUGAUUUACUCAAGGUCAUAAAUGAAAAAAAACUCAAGAUGACCACAUCGUCAGCAGAUGUUCUUUGUAAGGUCUUAGAUAAAAACUGCGAGGAACACAUGUCACAGCAAAUUAGAACAGACAUAGACUUGCUUCUUGAUUUCAGACUGAAACCAGAAGAGCAAUUCAUUACCCAUCCUAGGGACAUGACGUUGGAGGAAUUGGAAUGUCACUUGAUAGAGCUGGAGGAAAAAAAUAUGCAGACCAGAGGUGUGCUGAGAAAAUUGAUAGGAGAUCAUGCCAAGUCGGGAAAUGACGAGAGGGUGAAACAGCUAUUGGACCGCUUCUUGGCAGCUGGAUAUUCAGAAACGCCCGGAAUGAAAUGUAUGGUGAUGUAUAGUUUCGUUAAAGGUGGACACCUUCAACCUGCACUGAAGGUCUACAAUGAAUUGAAGGAAAAUGAUCCCACAUUUUCCGUGGAUAUUUUCAAAAUACUCGAUUUGGCCACUCUAUUAGUGAAAAAUGGCAGAUUCAGUCAGGCUUUUGAAAUUUUGCAGCAACAUAGCAAGUCCAAAAUUUUCGGAGGACUUCUGUUGCAGAGGAAUUGCCUGGAAUUGCUGAAAGCCUGCGAAAAUGAACAAGAACAAGCGAAGAUGUUCAAUUUUCUUAUUGAAAAAGGUUUUUGCAAAGUCACAAAUGUUAUUUUGGGACCUUUAGUAAGGAUCCAUCUGAAAGAUGGAAACUUACAGAAAGCAGUUUCUGUUUACAUCAGUUUUGUAGAAAAAUACAGAUUCACUCCAAUAAAAAUGGAAAUCAUUAAAGAGAUAGUGAGAUCUAGUGAUGAAAAUUUACUUCAGAGAGUAUUAGACGUCACCAUAAAAAUCCAUGGAAAGACUUCUACACAAGCCGUAUUGAUAAUCGCCCUUGCCGAAGAGGGAAGGGAGAAAAUUCUGCGGAAAAUUCUCACUCUGAACAAAUUGCCUGUGAAAAACGAACUAAACAAGUGGAGCGAACGAUUGGCCAAGGAAGGGAAAGUUGAAGCUCUGAACACUUUGGCUAGUUGUUGUGAGAGAUUACCCAAGGAGAUUAUUGACAUAACCCUGAUAUAUGAAUGCAUCAUGAAAGUUCACAGUACAAAUAAUGAUUGCCAAUCAGCUUUGAAGUUAUACAAUUCUUUAAUGGAAAAUGAGAUACCCACAAGUAAAAAUCUGGAGGAGCAGUUGUGUAAUUUACUUAGACAUAAUAAGUGUGAUAUACCAGAAAAGUUGAAAAUAAAUUAUUGCUGAUAGU